GCUGCGAACUUGUCCGCGGUCCCUGGGUUCCCACUGCGGCUGCGCAGUUUGCAGACGCUCCCUUGCGCCUCUCUUCAGAGCGGGGCAAGUGCCUGCUCGCUUCACUUCCAUUCUGGACGAGGGAAGGUCACCUUUGUGAUGUUCUACAGUCCACUGAAGGUGGUUUUUCCUCUUGACUGACAAGUUUGGGAAGAAAAAGCCAUUGGACUUGGGGGUGUAUCCUCUUUGCUUAUCCAAGCAAGAGAUGAUGGAUAACCUACAAGUGAGUUGAUGCAGUUGACGCACAUCCAGUCUAGCCUCAGCAUUGACUCAAGAAAACUUCCAUCUCAAAGUUGCAAGAUGACAGAUGAGCCUAUCAAGGAGAUCUUGGGGGGCUCCAAAUGUCCCCAGUGUGCAACGCUGGAAAAGAUAAACAACAAUGACUGCCGGGUCACCACUGUCCCUUUGGUGAGUGAAUGCCAGCUGACAGCCACCACGGGAGGAGCUGAACUCUCCUGUUACCGUUGCACUGUCCCAUUUGGGGUGGUGAUCCUUAUUGCCGGAGUGGUGGUCACCGCCGUGGCAUACAGCUUCAACUCCCAUGGAUCCAUCAUCUCUGUGCUGGGGUUGUUCCUGUUGUCGUCUGGACUCCUCUUGCUGGCCUCGAGUGCACUGUGCUGGAAAAUAAGGCAACAGAACAAGAAGGGAAAGAGACGGGAGAGCCAGACAGCUCUAGUGGCAAAUCAGAGGAACCUCUUUGCUUAAAAAAAAUUGCAAGUGGAAAAAAAAGAGCAGAGGAUUGUUUGAUGAACAUUUAUUUAUUUGCAGUUGGGUUGUAGGAUCACUGAGAAUGGCUGAAAUGGAUUACAAAUGAGAGCAAAUAAGACUGUGGGAAAUUCAGAGAUCGCUGUUACCUAUUUUGUCACAAACAUCUCACAAGAUGCUUUAGGUUUGGUGUUCUGGGAGUUUAGUUUUCUUUUCAGAUUAUUUUACCGUAUCUGACAUCAUGAAGUUCGAAUGUCAGUAAUUUCAAUCUUUUAGAAGAAAUACAAAGACCACUCAUUGGUUUGUAGUGCAAGAGAGGCCAAAUUUCCACACAGGAGUGCCUACACAGAAAACAAACAACACUGUAUGGUCAAAGAUAGCAGUGAUCAAUUGAUGACAAGUAUAUUUAAUACUGACAUUAGAUCACAAAAAGGAGGCAAAGUGCAAUGCAAUUAUUAUGUAGUAGAACAUGCAAGUUGAUAGGCAUGCAAGUGAUAAAUAACUACAUUUAGCAUUCUUCCCCUUAAGGAAGUGUCUUCUAUAACAAUUUGGGUAGCAGUGUGCAUAGGUAAUCUUUAUAACAAAGAGUGAUUGAUUAUGUCUUCUGUGAAAUUUGAUUACCGGCAAUAAUUUGUGAUGCCAUAUUCUGCACACUAUUCAACAGAAAUUGUCAAGAAAGGGGUAAAAUACUCUCCACAUCAGCUGUCUCUUUGUUCCAAAUUCCUGUAGGAAAAAUGGUGUUUGUUCUUAGGUUACAGGCAGCACGUCAUGUGUAACUUGUAGAUCAAGUUUAGGGGAUGAUCUUCAGAAUUUAAAAAUAACAGUUUCCUGGAAUGUCAUGUUGAUUGCAUGGUUGUUUAGUCUGUAAAGGUUGGAAAAUCAAAUGGUCUUCUUGCCUUCCAUCUCAACAGGGAAAGUAGCCUUAACAUCUCAUAUUUCCCCUACACCUCUUCCAACACAGGAAGAACUUUGCUUUCUACUCCCAGUCCUGGAGAACUUUGUUACUUUCGAAGAUGUUGGCAAAUGUUUGGACUGUAUUGUAGAAGAAUGUGAGCAAAUCAAGGGAAAGAUCUGAACAGAACGUAAAAGUGCCAGGAACCUGCUCCAAAGUCAUGUUCACUAAGUACUGUUUUGGUUUUCUUUUUAGGACGAGAUGCCCAGAUGUGGCUUUGAUUGACAUAGCAUUGUUUAUUUUUAUAAAAGAGAAACUGUGAUACUUGCAUAAGCCAGUACUUGCAUAUCAGCUCAGCAAUUCAUUUUGUUCCUAUGAUGUUUAUCUGUGGUACUUUUUAAAAAAGUAAUAUUGAGUAUUAUUAUUAUUAUUAUUAUUAUUAUUAUUGGGGCUGUUAUUGCUUAUACACAUAUUGCUCUAUGUACCUAUUUGCUUAAAGUAAACAGCAAGGUAUGUGUAUAGCUCAAAAGGUGAUUCCCCCUUUCCCCUUUGGUAAAUUUAACUUUAUCACACUUUCAUACCUAGCACUUUGGGAUGGUUUUGAUACUGAAACCUGCAUUUUUAAACAUUGUACCCUUCAUUUUGAAAUAAUAAACAACCCUUGCUGCUAAA